AGAAUAAAUACUUUCCCCUCACAAGCCAGAUCCACAGGCCUCUCCUAUGCGCCAUCUGAGGAUCAAAACAGAGAAAAAUAGGGAGCAGAGAAGGACAGUGCUUGGACAAGACUAGAACAUACCCAGAUCUGCAACAGUGAGGAGGAGGGAAGAAGAAAUGGCCUAUGUGGUCAGCCCUGGAAAGGGCAGUUCCUGCUGAGAAAUGGCUGGGGAAUGUUCCCAUUUUCAUAACCAGCAACAGCUGUGAAAAGGGGAAAGAAGAGUGAUUCUGGAACCCACCAGCAGCACCUCCCGUCUGUAGCCGGGAUGGGGAAAGCAACACAGUGCUCCCAGCAUACACUCCUCUGGCCCCGCAGCAAGGAAAACUUGUCUCAUUUUCCAGAGGACUAAGCCAGCAUUUACCAGGUCUGCAGAUCCCCAGGAUCAACAUCCAGAGAGCUCCUGGCAAUAAACACACACCUGAUCGCCUGGUCCAGCCUUCCCCAGAACUACUGCUUCCUGCAUUGGCAGGGUGCUGCCAGGCUGUCUCCCCUACCAGCACAUCCUACCGCUACCCACCAGCUUCCCUGAAUCCAUCGUCUCUUUGAGCCGCUUGCCCAGCUCGGACCCCGAGGCCACCAUGGCCCGCAGCAUGUCCCCGGUGGCCAGGUGGCAGACGCAGUAGGUCUCAGCCAGCUUCGGUGCCUAAGGGAAAGAGCAAGUGUAAGGGAGUGUGUCGUACAGCACGUAUGCAGGAGAGCAUGCUGGCAGCUUCUGCUGGCACCUCGUUGCCAAUAAAACAGACCAGGAUCUUGCAGGAGACAAGAGCUUGCUUGGCCCUGGCUGCAAGGAGAGUCAGCAGCAAAGGCAAGAUCAGAGUGAACACAGGAACCCAGGAAUGGCCAGAGUUAAGUAACGCAUAGGUCCUUCAUCCCCUCCUGUGUGGGGUCAGCAACCCCUGCACAGAGCAUCGACUCCUCAGUGACACAAGGAAGGGUAUUGCAAAUGAACAAGGAGAGGAAAAGACAGGUCCCCUGUCCAGCUUCAGAUAUGUGGGGGAUGGAGUAGUGCAGCCAUUUGCAAAUGCAUAAAUGCAGGCAAGGCUGAAAUGUGAAACAAGACUCAGCAGCCAGACAGGUUGUCUGCACAUACAGCGGGGCCGGAUCCACUGCUGGGGGGACCCACCAAACUGGCAGCAGUGCAACAAGGGCAGAAUCCGUCCUUGACAACUUGCCUGACUACCUUCCCCAGCUGGUUUCACAGCCAAACACGCUGCUCAGCCUUUAAGCUGCAUGAAGCGUUGUUUCCCUGGAAGCAGCAUUUCAGAAGAGAUCUUGGACCCCCAGCAACAGCCAAGCCUCGGGGUGCUGCGGGAGCUCGGCGUUCCUUGGAGGGCCCCCCUGGCAUAACACCUAGUCACCCACGAGGGAGGCUUUGGACCUUGUGUUGCAUACUUAGAAACUACAUCCUGCUCGAGGAGGCUCUAAAAUAGUGUUAUCGUAUCUUGGCCAUGAAUGGAUACUUGGAUGAAUCCGACUUCAUGAUGGUGGAGGAAGGCUUCACCACUAGAGACCUCCUAGAGAACCUCCUUGUGGAGCUGUGCCAGACGAGCGACCAGGGAGCCUUCUUUAUGGCAGACCUUGGCGACAUUGUGAAGAAACAUCUGUGCUUCCUGAAGGCCUUGCCCCGGGUGAAAACUUACUUCCCUGUUAAGUGCAACAGCAGCAGAGGAGUGGUACGGCUGCUGGCUGAGCUGGGGGCAGGCUUUGCCUGUGCCAGUAAGGCAGAGAUUGCCCAGAUUCGAAGCAUUGGGGUUCCAGCUGACAAGAUCUUCUACAGCAGCCCCUGCAAGCAGGUUGCCCACAUCAAAUACGCAGCCAACCACGGUGUGCGGCUGAUGACCUUUGAUAAUGAGGUGGAGCUAAACAAGGUGGCCAGGAGCCACCCUCGUGCCAGCAUCCCUUCACUCUGCAGGAUGUUGUUGGGUAUUGCUACUGACUUCAGCCCCUCUCCUUGUCGAAGUGUGACGUUUGGGGCCACCCUCACGUCCUGCCGGCACCUGCUAGAGAUGGCAAAGGAGCAGGCUGUGGAAGUUGUUGGCAUCAGCUUUCACCUUGGGAGCCACUGUCUGGACCCCCAGGCCUUCGCUCAGUCUGUAGCUGAAGCCCAGCUGGCAUUUGAGAUGGGCAUGGAGCUGGGCUACCAGAUGCGCAUCCUGGAUAUCGGUGGGGGAUUCCCUAGUCCUGAGGACACCAGAGCCCAGUUCGAAGAGAUUGCUGCUGCGAUAAACUCUGCCUUGGACUUGUAUUUCCCAGAAGGCUGUGGGGUGGAGGUUGUGGCAAGGCCAGGGCGAUACUACGUCACCUCAGCCUUCACCUUUGCAGCCAGUGUCACUGCCAAGGAAGAGUUUCCCCCAGGCCAGCCUGGCUCAGAGGAGGAAGAGUCUGGCAGCAAGAAGAGCAUCGUGUAUCACCUCAGUGAUGGCAUCUAUGGCUCCUUUAACUGCGUCCUGUUUGACAGCCCCUGCCCCCAGCCACUUCUGUACAAGAAGCCCUGCCCAGAUCACCCCUCGUACAGCAGCAGCCUCCGGGGCCCCCCAGGGCAUGCAGAGGACCGGAUUGCUGAUGGCUUGGAGCUGCCCGAGCUGCAGGUCGGGGACUGGCUGAUUUUCGAGGACAUGGGUGCCUACACCAUCACAGCUUCAUCCCUGCUUGGGAAGCCAUCCAGCUCUUUCAGGGGAAGCCACCGCAAGCAGAAGAGGAUCGUGAGAGCGUCUGCACUCCCCUGUCCUGUGGCUGGGAGAUUGCGGAGACGCUGUGUGUCCCCCCCGUCUUCACUCCCACUGGUAUCAUCUGAACAGCACCAGGAACAAGGGGGAAAGGUGCUGCACCGCCAGCGCUCCGGCAGCAUCUCCUGGGCUGCCUGCCACCAACCUCUCCCUUUUCUGCUCUUAUGUGGGACCUACAGGGUAGAUUUUUAAGUAUGCAACAUAAAUCCUGUUCCUCCUG